GUUUUUUCAUUUCGUGGACCUUUUCCUGAGGCACGGGGUGACCUUGCUGGGGAUUGACCUGGGCUAUUGCCUGCUCCACAAGAAGUUCUCCUUGUUCCGCCGCUUCCUGCGGCUGGGCUGUGAGCUGCCUGCUGGGGAGCAGCUGCCGGAGUUCACCCGCUGCGCCGGCAGGGUGCCUGAGGAGCACGGGGAGUGGCUGCCCUACCUGCUGCUGGCUGGCUUCAACCCCCUCCUGCUGAUGCAGAGGUGCUGGAUUUUCUCCGUGAGCAAGAACGUCCUUGAUUUCAUCCUGGAGUUCACCAACUGGAAGAGACUUCCUCCAGCUGUAGAGCAACACCUUGCAGAGUACAAAGAGAAGUUCACUUGGACUCCCAAGAGCCAUUUUGCCUUCAUUCCUCCCCUGUCUCAUCUCUGUCGCCUCGAGAUCCGGUCCGUUCUGAGGAGCGAGCGCCUGCGGUCGGACCGCUCCAUCCGGGAGCUGCCCCUGCCAGCUUACCUCCAGGACUACCUGCUCUACCUGGACGUCCUGCGGGCCAGCGGCGUCCCCGAAGCAGAGGAAUACCUGGGGCAGAGAGAGGAGGGACAGCCCUGA